AUGCCCCCCAACCCGACGCCGCCGCGCCUCGCGCAGCAGCACCACCACCGCACCGUCCUCACCACCAGCAGCCAGGACCAUCAGUCGGCCGCCGCCAUGGCGUCCGACGAGGAGGCGUUCGAGGAGGUGGACCCGACGGGGCGGUUCGGGCGCUACGCCGCCGUGCUGGGCCACGGCUCCGUCAAGAAGGUCUACCGCGGCUUCGACCAGGAGGAGGGCAUCGAGGUCGCCUGGAACCGGGUGCGCGUGCGCGCGCUCGCCGACAAGGACCCCGCCAUGGUCGACCGCCUCCACGCCGAGGUGCGCCUCCUCCGCUCCCUCCACCACGACCACAUCAUCGGCUUCCACAAGGUCUGGCUAGACAGAGACAACGGUGUCCUCAACUUCAUCACCGAGGUCUGCAACUCCGGCAGCCUCCGCGACUACCGGGACCGGCACAGGCACGUCUCCGUCAAGGCGCUCAAGAAGUGGGCGCGGCAGAUCCUCGAGGGCCUCGACCACCUCCACACACACGAGCCAUGCAUCAUACACCGCGACCUCAACUGCAGCAACGUAUUCAUCAACGGAAACACUGGACAGGUCAAGAUCGGCGACCUCGGGCUGGCGGCGAUCGUGGACAACACCCACAUGGCGCACACCAUCCUGGGCACGCCGGAGUUCAUGGCGCCCGAGCUCUACACGGAGGCCUACACCGAGUCUGUGGACAUCUACUCGUACGGGAUGUGCGUGCUGGAGAUGGUCACAAGGGAGAUGCCCUACUCCGAGUGCGAGAGCGUCGUGCAGAUCUACCACAGCGUCACCCGCGGCGUCCCGCCCGCCGCGCUUAGGCGGCUCAAGGACCCGGAGCUGCGCGGGUUCAUCCAGCGCUGCAUCGGCCAGCCACGCAACCGCCCCUCGGCCGCCGACCUCCUGCGGGACCCGUUCUUCAACGGCAUCGACGAUGACACCACCGGCACGCUAAGCUAACGACUGUCGACCUCCUGCGUCCUGUCGACCUCGCCAGCCAGCCGUAUAUGGCCAGGUGGAUUGGGAUGUAUUGACUUCUCCGUGUUGUUAAUCCUUAGAUAGUACUACUAUAGAAGAGCUGCGACGCUGACUCCACCAGAAUUGUUUAUUUUAAGCUCCAGCAGUAAGCAAGCGAGCAGAUGUGUAUACGUCGUGGCCUUGGCAGAAUUCGUCUCGGCCACUGCAACUGUAUGAUAAUGUAUUUUUAUGAUUUUGAAUUAGUACAUUGGGAACACAGACAAA